UACACUGUCCGUUUUUUAUGUUUGACGACUAGGCCCUAAAAAAGUGUUGUUUACGUUCCGCACUGCUUUGCAUUUGGAAUUAAUGGAAUGGACCCCUACUGAUCGCUUCCACAAUUCUCUGGGCGUUGAAUAAAGCCCAACCGAAAGGCUCCCGGAUAAUCAUUGUGGGCACGAUACACAGCUCGGUGUACGAGCAUUUAUUCAGCAAUGUUUGCAAUUUGGUAUUCAUAUCAAAAUGGCCUUUCCACGACCGUUACAGAUUCUGGCAAUCAUUUCAGUUUUCUCCUUGUCUUGCGCACAAGUUGUUAUGUUGGGAAACUGUAAUAAGACGUUUUUCAACGAGGAGGCAGCGAAAUGUCAGCGGAUUGCCCUUGAAAAGAUGGUCACGCUUAAACGAACAUGCGCAGAUGUGGAAAUGGCCAUGAAAGAAAAGUGCGUUGAACCCCACGUUAGUCACUGUCUUAAGGGGACGCCUUACGCUGUUUUUAUGAGCUCCGCUAGUCAAUUUCUUGAAAAAGUCAUGUUUACUUGCAAUCCAUCGGACAGUUUCAUUUCGAAUGGAAUGCUUAUCCAAGCUCUUCAGUGUAACUCCUCUGUGAUGGAAGUCGAAGAUAUGUUGAAGCGAAGAAUUCCAGACUGCUGGAGACCCAUGGCCCGCAAACUGUCCGGCCAAAACGGAAAUCCACAGGACCCUGCACUCUGUCAGAUGUACCAGGAUGCAAAGCGGUGCGUGUCUAACGAGACCGCGCGCUAUUGUCAUAACAUCAAUGUUGAGAGUGACCCGUGUAACAUCUUCUGUGCGAGUAAGGCUGACCAUAGUAAAGUGUGUCAAGAGUUACCUAAGAGGAUGCUGUGUAGUAACAUCACCGAACUCUACAGCAAAGUAAAACAAUGCCACACCACCUUCAUCGAUUUGGUCUCAGGGAACCUCAGUAACACCUGCAGCAACACUCUCCCUAAGUACCACAACUGCAUCGGCGGUCACAUCAUCGGCUGCUUUGACCCGUACCCAGACCCUUCCCAGUUCACCAUGAUUAGGGACCUGGUAACCAGUGCCACGUGGACCACGCGCCUGUUCUGCUCGGCCGCUCCGCUCAACCUGGCCACAUUUCCAAACGACAUGAAGCGCUUCGUCCCUGGAUGUACUCAGAAGUUUUUCGUUGAGGCUGAAAAAUGCGGUGCUGGCAUGAGAGGAACCUUCAAGGAAAAGCGAUCCGACAAGGAAUUUAUGUGCAGGGAGUUCUCAGAGGCAAAAGAGUGUUUCCGCGGUGCCGCUCGUGAUUACUGCGGAUACAGCAAAGACGCACUUGACGCAAUCACCGGCGACCAUUUCAAUCCGUACUGUAAGGAUUUAAAAGAUAUCUCAGCUGCGCCAAAGUCGCAACUCGUGGCCUCCGCCAUCUUGCUUUCAAUCUGUCUGCAGAUAGCAAGGCUCGUUGCCCUUUGAAUACAGACUUUAUACAUUAUGGCCUCAGCCAUCUUUAUUUCCUUCGACCCCGGGUUAGCAAGGCUCGUUGCCCUUUGAAUACAGACUUUAUACAUUAUGGCCUCAGCCAUCUUUCUUUCAACCUACCAGCAGUAAGCUAGGAUCGUUGUCUUCUUGAUGUCCGGCUCAAGUUAAGCUAAUGCAAACAUUAACUGAUUACAGUGCUAGACACAUUGAGAAUUACAAUAGUAUAAUUUUACUAAGUAAAAAUUAAAUUCAGUGAAAUUACAUGACUUUGAGGACUUACCUUCGUUGUUGGUACCUUCGCUAGUUAGUUGUAUCACUGCUCAUUUUAUUUCAGUAACAAAUAAUAGUGUAAAUGAUAACCAAGUCAUCGUGGAAAAACCUUUUAUGAUAUUGUAUGCACUAUGCACUCCUCUGCCUCCUUUUGCACAGGAGGUGGCUUCGAUGAGAGGUAUUUGCCACAAAUUAAAAUGAAGAGGAGUUGUCACCAAGCGAAAUAUACUUCUUACAGACUAGUUAUUUUUGCACAUUGGUUAUAUUAACAAGAGCUGUUCCAAAAAGGAAUUAAACAUUUGUUUCACACGUU